UGUUGGGAAUGGAGAGGGGGAAAGAUAUGAAGUUUUGUUGCUUUGAAGUCUCUUACAAGAAGUUGCAAGACUAUGGUUUGCUUCAUCAGGGGGAAGUAGUAAAGUCUGCUUCUCCACAGCUGCUCAUUGUGCCUGAGGUAGAAAGGAUGAGUGAGGUGCUGGAUGAAACUUUUGGGCCAUUGCCUCUUUUGGCUCCAGUAAGGAAGUUCAAGAGACAACCUUCUGGCCACUACACUAGCAGUGAUGUACAGGACUUGUUUGGCAAGAGGCAAGCAGCUAAUGCAAGGGAGAGACACAGGGUCCAGAGCAUAAAUGGAGGUUUUUCAAAGCUCAGGAGUAUUGUGCCUUUGAUUUCCAAAGAUCGAAAGCCAAGCAAAGUCCGUGUGCUCAAGGCUGCAUCAGAAUAUAUUCGCCUCCUGCAUAUUGUUUUAGAGGAAUCCGGAGGUUCUGAAGGAAUUGUUGACAAUAACAACAAUUCACAACUUUUCAACUCUGGGGAGCCAGAAAACAAUGUGUCUCCAGGGAGCAGCCUUGCUAACCAUAGAGCUCACAAUGAAGAGGAUGACACUGGAAAUCAGCUGGAGCCUGUGACUGAGGAAGAAGUACACAACCUGUUGGAUAAUCAUAUCAUGCCCUUUGUGGGAAUUGUCCAGCUGCAGGAUGGAAGCUUGCCCAUUGUGACUGGUGAACUGAGAUACCGAAGAGAAGUUGAGGCUGGUGGAUAUAAAGACUUUUAUUCAUCACAACAGAUAUUCCAAGCAAAUGAAGGCUCCUGUUCCAAUGUACAUAGCGAUUAGGUUAAAUCUGGACUACUGCAGGUCCCAAGACCAUUGGCUUUUGACUCUGGAAAAUAUUAAAUAUACAACAUUAAAAAAACAGCAUUCAUUCA